AUGCAAAGGAGAAGUCAACUUUUAUCAUCUGUGCCAUUCACUGUACACACGAGGGACUCUCCAAAAUGUAUAUUCCUGUUGGACUCAGUCUUAUCCUCUCCCGUGCUUGUGUUUCCCUCUUCCUCGUCUCUCCCUCGCAGCUUGUGCAUCGGCGCCGACAGGGACAGCGGCGGCGGCCAGCAGCACCGCGACGGCAACUCGAGCAGCCCGGACGCCGGCUCCAACUCCUCCGCGGCGACCGCCGGCGUGGGGAGCGUCGGCAGCAAGCUUGACAGCAGCAUCGUCCCCGCGCAGAGGCGCCGCCGCCGGAGGCUCAACGACAGGCUCUACGCCUUCCGCAUCAUCGUCCCAAACAUGGGACGCCAUCGAAUACAUCUUGCAUCUACUCAAGUACAUCCUACGCAUGCAGCCGCUCGAGUGCUAGCUACUCACCGAGAUAGCCGUCCUGCGGCUUGGGGCGACAGCGCAGGUGGCCUCCUUGUCGCGCUCGUCGAGCAGGAGGUCAAGCUCGUCAUCCUCAACCUCUGGGAAGCACUCGAGCAUUCGUCGAGGAAGAGCCAAAGAGGUCGAGCGUGUCAUCCUCGGCGGGCGCGCGCCGCCACAGGCGGCAGCGCGCGGCGGCCUGCGGGCCGGCUUUUUUAUUUUUUAUUCGGUUUGUAGGUGCGGUGACCCUCUCACCCGUCUCUACGAAUCUAUUUCUAGAGACGGGUAGUCGUCUUACCCGUCCCUAAAAAUAGAUUUGUAGAGGUGGAUAGUGUCCCGUCUCUACAAACAAUUAUUUUUAGCUGUGAAAAGCAGGAGCGGGUGAGACAUCCGCUUCUAAAAAUGUCUUUUUACCCGCCACUACAAAUCGUUAUGUAGUAGUGAAAUAUAGAAAGUGCUGACGAGUGAAAACAUAUAGAAAAUAAUUUUUAU